AUGUCAUCUGGAUCAACAAAGCGCCAGACCAUCAAUAUCCCCGGAACGACGGAUCAGCCCAAAACAGAGCCAGACUAUCUUCUCGAUGUCCGCAGCACAGAAGCGUUGUCCAAACUCCAGGAAGGUGACCUGUUGAAGAUGGUAGUUGAUCACGAGGAGGACAGCAUCGAGUUCGAGGAUCACGUCAAGCACGUAGCACCUGAAAAUCUUGCCGAGUACUUUAACGCCCCCAGGAUAAAGAAGUUUGCCUUUUAUCGUCACCCUGGAUCGGGUGCUGUCGUCUUGAUCUGGACACGUUUCCCUGCCACGGCUUCCACCAAGAAUGCACGUGUUCAGCAUCGGCUGAGGAGGGAUUUGAUCUGGUAUGCUGAGAAAGCGGACAUUAAGAAUGUGGCUACGCUUGAAGUGCAAUCGCAGAAGGAUGUCACUGUCGAACGAUUGAUUGAGGCGGUUGAUUCAUUGACGGCAAACAAAGGAUGA